GCGGCCUCUUUCCUGUUCCGGCGCCUGAGUGAGGCGCGUGGAGUAAACGCGGCAGCACUUGCGACCCCCGCGCCCGGCAUCCGGAGACCUCCCCCUGCCCCGCGUGGACCGAGGACCGAGGACCGAUAUGACUGAGUGGGAGACAGCGGCGCCGGCCGUGGCCGAGACCCCGGACAUCAAGCUGUUCGGCAAGUGGAGCACAGAUGACGUGCAGAUCAAUGACAUCUCCUUGCAGGAUUACAUCGCAGUCAAGGAGAAGUACGCCAAGUAUCUUCCCCACAGCGCAGGGCGCUACGCCGCCAAGCGCUUCCGCAAGGCCCAGUGCCCCAUCGUGGAGCGCCUCACCAACUCCAUGAUGAUGCACGGCCGCAACAACGGCAAGAAGCUCAUGACCGUGCGCAUCGUCAAGCACGCCUUCGAGAUCAUCCACCUGCUCACCGGGGAGAACCCACUGCAGGUUCUUGUGAACGCCAUCAUCAACAGCGGGCCCCGGGAGGACUCCACCCGAAUUGGACGGGCAGGGACGGUGAGGCGCCAGGCCGUGGACGUGUCCCCGCUCCGGCGGGUCAACCAGGCCAUCUGGCUCCUGUGCACCGGCGCCCGAGAGGCCGCCUUCCGCAACAUCAAGACCAUCGCCGAGUGUCUGGCCGAUGAGCUCAUCAAUGCCGCCAAGGGCUCCUCGAACUCGUACGCCAUCAAGAAGAAGGAUGAGCUGGAGCGAGUGGCCAAGUCUAACCGCUGAGGCCGGUGGCUUCUGUCUCUAAUAAAUGCCCCCUCCCCCUGCAACAGGGGCAGGGUCCCUCUCUGUG